CGAGAGUCGAUAGGAUAUAGUCGAGAGUCGAUUGUCAACAGUCAAGAGUCAAUAGUCAUAAUCGAUGGAGAAGUCUAUGGUCGGCAAUCAAUAGUCAGAGUGGAUGGUCGAUAGUGAAACUCGAUGGUUGACAACGACCUGAAGAGGACCUACGGAAGACCAGCUCAACCCACAUUUGGACAUCGGCACCCACGACAUACCAUGGCCCGAUCAGUAACCCUGAGUUAUAAUUUGAAAGUCGGCGUACCAUCCGUACGAGCCCAACGGGCCGGUGUGUGCGCCGAAAUCGACGUAACCGUUUCCGCUGCGUCGUUGCGCCGCCACAUUGGGUUUAUUCGAUUUCACUGGGCUUCCAUCGAUGAAGCAUGCGAACAGCUGCAGCCAGACGGAAACCACAACAAUCGUGUACUGGAAUGCGUUCAUCUUCAAACAAAUUAAAUAUACAAUAUUACUGCACUAA